AUGGGGCUCCGGGAGUCGGCGCUGCUGCUGUUGGGAGCGCUCCUGGCCGCCGCUGCCGAAGAGGAGCCGGUGCCGCGCCUGAGCCUGCGCCUCGGUAAGCCUGAGAGGUCGGGGGCGGCCCAGCCACAGCGGAGGCCCCGUCGAGGGAUGCUCCUGGCCGGGGAAGCGGCGGGGGACGGGACCGACGCUGCUCUCUCGGCCUGCCCCUUCGGGAUCUGGUUGGGGGGCGGGCGCUGAUAUUUCACACUGCUGGUGGGGAGAAGAUCUCCGCAGGCUGCUGGGGUGUUUUAGUAUCUUGCGGGGGCUCGAGGGCGCGGAGCCCAGGGUCUUUUCCUUCUGCUCUUUGUAAAGCACCUCGAAUACUGACACACGCACCCCGAAUACCGUGAGAGGCCCGUGAAGAAGUUUUCCCUUUGGGCUUCUUCCUCGAUGUGGCGAGGACUGCCAUGGCACUUUUGGUCUCCCCACUGGAGUGGGAAGCAUUGAAAGGGGGCCGCCAAGACCAUCCAGCCUUUCUCAACCUUGGGUCCCCAGAUGUUUUUGGCCUACAACUCCCAUCAUCCCUGACCACUGGUCCUGUGAGCUAGGGAUCAUGGGAGUUGUAGGCUAAAAACAUCUGGGGACCCAAGGGUUGAGAACCCAACCUCACGCCUUAGGAAUGGGUUUCUUGACUGGAGAGCAGUGCUGCUCCAUGAAAUCAGGAGCUGGGCCUGACUUGGCCCAUGGCCGGACUUGGUGGCCAGCAUCCAUAUGAUAACUACAUGAUAACUACAUCUUGCACCCUGGUGGGUGGGUGGAACCAAAAGCACCCUGGCCAGGGCUUUGUUACCCUUGUUUUCCAGCCCACCCAGUACCAACCCCCAUUGAUCCAGUGGGGGGGCUUUGGCCAGGGGCUCCUGAGCAUGUGCCCGGGGAAACUGUGGCUUCGGACAGCUGAUGUCUGUGUGGAUGGGGUCUUUUGGAGCUGACCCUGGAGCAGUCCUGGGCUGAGCCUGAGAAGGGGGCUCCCUGUCCCUUAGGCACUGCCAUUCAUUGCCAGAGCAAGAGUAGCUGCCAGCCUCUCACAUUCCAGGGGGUCCUACAGUGACUGCCCCACCAUCUCUUGCUCCAUAGGGCCUGGGCAGUGAAGGAGGUCCUUCCUCCCCUGGGAGGUCACUGCAACCACUUUAAUGGUCAGUCAAGGCCUCUGCUGCUACCCCACAUCCACAGCAGUCCCCACUCUCCCUGGGCUGUGUUUUUGUUGCUCCCCAGAACAGCAGGGAGCAGGAGGAAGAGAAGGAGGGACCUGAGCACCCUCCCUCUCUCAGGUUUGUCUGAAGAUGGUAGGACCUGCCCCAACAAGCUUUUCUGGCAACUGCAUUUUGCUUCAGUGGAGCUGAUGAAAUAGAGGCUGGGUAGCUACUGGGGACCUCCAGAGAUCCGGGGAAGGAUUGGGGCCUUCUCCUGUGCAUGUGCCAGCCAGGUGGCAGCUGCAGUGGGUCACCUGAAUGGUCCCAACAGACUCACCUGAAAUACUUCAGCCUCCCUGAAAUACCUUCUUUUGUGAAAACCAUUAAUUAUCGUAUGGGGAGAUGGUUUAUGGAGGGGAUUAGUAGCAAAGAACUGCAUAGCAAAAUUGGGUAUAAGACAAAACACCCUUCCAGUGGGCAGACUUUGGGGUGGCUGCUAUUUCCUCCGGCCUUGGUUGGGUGUGUGCGUGCAAAAGGCAACAAAGUGCUGUCUCAGCUUGCAGCUUGCUUCUUCCAACACAGGGCCAGGUGUGCAGGUUGAGUGGGUUUGAGGAAGAGGCACCUGUCCCUCCGACAGCUGCCACAUCAAGUGACAACUUGCCCAUAGGAAGCGCUCCUCACUGGGCACAGCCCUAUGUGACCUCAAAAACAAUCCCUUCUGAUAAGGGUGCUUCACAGGGCUUUGUUUAGGAAUAAGCCACUGGGAAAUGAGAUGGGCUCACCUCUACCUGGAAACACCUCUUGCUGACCAGGUAGGGGUUGGAGUUUGGAAGACUCUGCUCCCUCUUGCUGUUACUCCCCUCACUGAAGCCAGUUGGCUGCCCCAGCAGUAAGGAAGACCUGUCAUGUCCUGGAGGACCCAAGCUGGAAGCAUCUGCAGUCAGUUCAGACAAGCUGUUGCAUUUCCUUCCCUCCUCACAGCUUGCAAGGGAAAGAGGGGGCAGUUGUUUUCUAGUGAAGCUUCAGUUUGAGGUUCAGAGCAGGUGCAUAGUUAAACUGUUGAACUCGCUUCCACAGGAGGCAGUGAUGGCCACCAAUUUUUUUUUUAAAAAAAUAAUAUUUAUUAAAGUUUCACAAAAAAAGAAUCACAUUAAUAAGAAAGAAAAAUUUAAGAAUAAAAAAGAAAAAUACACAAUACAAAAUACAAAAAUACAAGAAGAUAAAAGAAAAAACAGUUAAAAACAAUUCCGUCUUUUCAUAACUUCUUUUACAUUUACUUGUUUCCCGGACCUCCUCAUACCUCCCUCUUUUGUAUUCCAAUUCAGUUUGUUAGUCCAGCAGUUUCUUUCCCUCCUUUUUAAUCCCAAUCCUUAAUCUUAAUAUAUUAUAACAUUAAGUUUUUACCUAUUAAAAACCAUUUUUUCCAUUCUUUUAGCCUUUUUAGUCCUAAUCCUUAAUCUUGAUAUAUUUAUAACUUUAAAACCUGUACAGCUAGAAGCCACUUAACUUCAAUCCAACAUCACUCUAACAUUCAUUAAUUUUGCAAUAUUUCUGUAAAUAAUCUUUGAAUUUCUUCCAAUCUUCUUCCACCGACUCUUCUCCCUGGUCACGGAUUCUACCAGUCAUUUCCGCCAAUUCCAUGUAGUCCAUCAUUUUCAUCUGCCAUUCCUCCAGUGUGGGUAGCUCUUGUGUCUUCCAAUACUUUGCGAUGAGUAUUCUUGCUGCUGUUGUAGCAUACAUGAAGAAAGUUCUAUCCUUUUUUAACACCAAUUGGCUGACUAUGCCCAGGAGAAAGGCCUCUGGUUUCUUCAAGAAGGUAUAUUUAAAUACCUUUUUUAAUUCAUUAUAUAUCAUCUCCCAGAAAACCUUAAUCUUUGGGCACGUCCACCAAAGGUGAAAAAAUGUACCUUCAGUUUCUUUACAUUUCCAACAUUUAUUGUCAGGCAAAUGGUAGAUUUUUGCAAGCUUGACUGAGGUUAUGUACCACCUGUAUAUCAUUUUCAUAAUAUUCUCUCUUAGGGCAUUACAUGCCGUAAACUUCAUACCUGUGGUCCAUAACUGUUCCCAGUCAGCGAACAUAAUGUUAUGUCCAACAUCUUGUGCCCAUUUAAUCAUAGCAGAUUUCACCGUUUCAUCCUGAGUAUUCCAUUUCAGCAGCAAGUUAUACAUUCUUGACAAAUUCUUAGUUUUGGGCUCUAACAGUUCUGUUUCUAAUUUUGAUUUUUCCACCUGGAAGCCAAUUUUCUUAUCCAAAUUGUAUGCCUCCAUUAUCUGAUAAUAAUGAAGCCAGUUUUUCAAAACUCUGCAAUUUCAAUCUAUCUCCAUCUUGUUCCAAAAUUUCCCAAUAUUUUGGCCAUUUGACCUCCAUAUUGAGCUUUUUCAAGGCUUUCGCUUCCAUUGGUGACAGCCAGGCCACCAACUUUUUCAGUUUUUAAUGGAGGUGGCUUGUCAAUGGCUACUAGCCAUGAUGGCUGUGCUGUGCAACCACAGUUGGAGACAGCAAUGAUUCUGAAUGCCAGUUGCUGGAAACUGCAGGGGGGUGCUCUUGUGCUCAAAUUCUGCUGGUUCCCAAAUCCCACAGGCACCUGGUUGGUCACUGUGAGAAGAGGAUACUGGACUAGAUGGGCCAUUGGCCUGAUUUUACAUUCUUAUGGAGGCUUUAAGAGAUCAUUAGACAAAUUCAUGGAGGAGGAUACCAAAUUCAUGGUGCCAGUGGCUCUCAGCCAAAUGGCUAUGCUUUCCCUCCGCUGUUGGCAACAGAAUGUUGCUAAAUGCUAGUUUGGGGAAAGUUACUACUGUUGCGCUCAGGUCCCAUUGGGGUGUCUGGUUGGCCACUGGGGGAACUGGGUGCUGAGCUAGAUGGACCCCCUUUGGCCUGAUCCAGCAGCCACAUUCUUCUUAGGGCCUUGUAUUCAGUGUCCAUGGAGAUGUUGAACCCCACAGCACCAUGGGCUGAAUUCCUCUUGCUUGAUCAUAGGUGUGUGUCCCUAAAAGACUGUGCAUCACAGACGGUCCUUUUCAUGGACACUGUUGUCUUUUGGUUGUGCCUUUGCUGGUGUAGGAACUUGGCAGCCCAGUCCUUCCCCUCAUAUUCACUCAUUUCCUAGAGAGCUGCUGCAGCAACAGAGUUGUCUGUGUAAUACUUUGGAGUCCAGACCAGGAAAUUCAUGGAUUGGAUAGACUGGUGGGAGUGGCCCUCUGCCAGCCUCUGCCCCUUCUGGGUCACAAGCGAGGGCAAGAGAUUGCCCAACCCUGUGACGAGGUAUGGAGUCACAGAUGUGUGCUCUGCUGGUGCCCACGGAUCACCAUCCUGCGGAAGCUGGCUCAUCCAGACUGGCAGGUAGGUGCCUGUUCCCCAGCGAGAGGCAAGCCUCCUGUUCCCUGCUCAGCUGUUUCCCUCUUGCCUUUCCCAUAGCUGGUGAAUGUGCGCUGGGGCUUUUCUAAGGGCUAUUCAGAACUGCACAAGUGCUACCUGAUUGUAGUUUGCAACACACACCUCUGCAUUUUCUCUGUGAGUGUGUGCAUACACACUGUUGCUUGGAGUCCUAUUCCAAUGGCAUUUGGAGGACAACACAAGAGUAGCAGAGAAUCCUCAGAACUGGGAAAUCUGGCAGCGCUAAUGCAGAGACGUUUUAUAUUCAGGCUUAUUUAUUUAGUUCAUUAAAUUUAUAUAGUGCUUGAUUGUAGAAAACCUCAAAGUGGUUUACAGAAAGAAUGAAACAGCAAGGGCAUUAACAAAGCAAUUAAAACAUUCAAAAAAUUAGAAAGCAGCAAUGAACUAACAAACACAUCAGUAUUCUAACAUGUCUGGGUAGGCUUGUCUGAACAAAAAUGUUUUUAGCAGGCGCUGAAAAGAGUACAGCGAAGGCACCUGCCUAAUGUCAAUAGGCAAGGAGUUCCAAAGUUGUAGGUGCUGCCACCCUAAAAGAUCAAUUUUCUAUAAAUGUGGAACAGAUAUUACCGGUAUGUGCCGCCUGUAACAGUGCCAUUUCAUCAGAUCAAAGUGGUCAAGAGGUCACAUAUGGGGUAAGGCAACCUCGCAGGUAGACUGGUUCCAAGUUAUUAAGGGCUUUAUUUGUAUAGUAAUAGUAACACCUUGAACCUGGCCUGGUAGCAAAUCGACAAACAAUGAAGUUCUCUGAGCACAUCUGUUAUAUGCUGGCCCAGUCUCACUGUCAGUAUUAUGCUGCAGUAUUCAACUUCACACAAGAGAUGUCAUGAACUCAAACAAAACUACAGUGGUACCUCGGGUUACAGAGGCUUCAGGUAACAGAUUUCGCUAACCCAGAAAUAGUACCUCGGGUUAAGAACUUUACUUCAGGAUGAGAACAGAAAUCGUGCGGUGGUGGCGUAGCAGCAGCAGGAGGCCCCAUUAGCUAAAGUGGUACCUCAGGUUAAGAACAGUUUCAGGUUAAGAACGGACCUCUGGAAUGAAUUAAGUUCUUAGCCUGAGGUACCACUGUAUGUUUGGAAUAAGAGAUUUUUAAAAAGUGGAGGGAUGCAGAAACAUCAGUACAACUGAGCUCAGCUCUCCCACUUCCCAAUACACAGACUAUAUUGGAACCAGGAAGUCAGCUCUUAGAGAAAUAGUAAUCUUUGGUAUCACAGAUCCCAUUCAUCACCCAGAGACGAAAGUGUUAGUAACCUCCCAGGCACGUGGUCAGCUUGGUUAGCUAGUUUCUUCCUGCUUCUGGGAGGCCACAGGGCUGGAGAAGUGGGGCAACUGAGACAGGCUGGAAGAAAGCUCUUUUCUCUUGCCUUGAGAGACACAAUCGCCUUCUAGGGCAGUUGCAGGAGCUCCCAGUGUUUACAGAGGUGGCCUGCGUGAGCUGCUCUCUUGAUUGGAGGACGUUGUUGUCGCUCUGUGUUGGAGUGGGAAGGGUCGGGCAUGGUUUACUCUUGUUAUAUGUCAGGAGACAGAGAUCAUGUGUGAAGAGGGUGAUUGCAAGAGCUUAGAACAUCCUUCCCUGGGGCCUCCUUGAAGUCAGGAUGUGGCUGGCUCCUCAUUGCAGUGACAAAUCUAGGCAGCAGAUUUCUGUAAGUUGAACAGUGUUGUUCCUGAAUGUUUAUCGUCUUGUAGUAUUUGGAGGAAUCUUGGGGCGCUUCCAGAUGAGGGUGUCAUGUUGCAAAUGAGCCAUUCAGAUCCAGUUUCUUGGUACAUUCUCUUCCAUACACUGUUUGGGUAUUGGUUGCUGCACAUUCUGGUGGGCAGAGAUUGAUGGAAUAUAUUUGUGCUAUUCUGGACAUGCACACAGGUUUUUCUGUACCUGAGCACAUGCAGGUUUAAAAAAUAAAAUCAAAAAAAAUCACCAGAAGCACACAAGCAAAUGUCAGCAGCUGUUAAUUAUCACAUUUCACAACAGGCCAAAUGGAGGGCUGUGCUUUUGUGGGGGAGCAAUAUCCAUUUCCAUUUGAGUUUUUUAAAAAUAAUACUGAGGUCUUGCACAAGAGUGAUUUCAGGUGACAAGGAGAAGUGGAGUUGAGUGUCAUCAACAUAUCAAUAGCACCUUACUGCAAAUCCCCUGUUGAUGGUAUCAAGCAGCUUUGUAAAGAUAAUAAAAAGCUGGUGGGGGGAUAUUGUGGGACCCUCAAAGCACAAAUGCAACUGAGUUAAGUGGAAAACUACCACGUUAUCUUCUGAAACUGCCUCCGCAGAUAGGAGCAGAACCUCCAUGUCUUGUGAGUCCCCUAUUGCCAAUUACAGGUUCGGUCCAGCAGUACACUGUGGUCAGUGAUAUCAAAAGAUAUCAAGAGUUUUAGGAGGGUCAAGAGAGUCACAGAGGUCAUUUAUCAGGGCAACCAAGGUGUUUUCAUUACCAAAACUGAGCUUUACACCCAGCUUGAAAUGGAUCUAGAUCCUCAGUGUCCUCCCAAGAUGCCCGCAGCUGAGUUUCUCCAAGCCCCUGCCCCAAGAGAGUAUCUGGACAGUAAAUGGCCAUAUUUCUGGGGUCCAAAGUGGAUUUCUUAAGAUGUGGCUGCUCAGCCACCUCUUUCAAGACAGCUAGGACUACCCACUCUCUGAAAGCGGUGUUGCUCAUCUCUCAGACCAACUAGCCCAAGGAUCAGCAAACUUUUUCAGCAGUGGGCCAGCCCACUGUCCCUCAGACCUUGGGGGGGGGGCAGACUAUAUUUUUGGGGGGGAAAUGAACGAAUUCCUAUGCCCCACAAAUAACCCAGAGAUGCAUUUGAAAUAAAAGCACACAUUCUACUCAUGUAAAAACCCCAGGCAGGCCCCACAAAUAACCCAGAGAUGCAUUUAAAAUAAAAGGACACAUUCUACUCAUGUAAAAACACGCUGAUUCCUGGACAGUCCGCGGGCCAGAUUUAGCCAAUGCCACUCAUCCCCUGACUAGCGGUCAAUAGCCAAGACAGGAUCAAGGGUGUGGUCAGCCACACCUUUGCCAGAUUCUUUAUCCACAUCCUCAGGCUGCUUCAGUUGAAACUGAUCCCAUAAAGAGACUAGACACCUUCAUAGGAGCUGCAUCCAAGUUGGCCAGGUUCACAGUGAAUACGAACCACUUUAAAACACAAAUGUUUCACGUCGCUUUCCUUCAAUAAGGUCCCUGCUAAGACUGCUCUGUUUUCAGUCUUCCCUAGCUUGGAGCUGUCCAGAAGUUUUGGACUACAGCUCACUUCAAGCCCAUCUGGAAAAACAUCUGGAAGCCACCAGGAUAUUAUUUAUUUAUUUGUUUAUUUAUUUUGCUAUAAUCCUGGCACCACCACCCUCAUAUAAACACUUGACAGCUCAUGACUCUAUACUGGAAGGGAUCCCUUCAACUUUGAAACACUGGGGAACCUCUUGAGGACUAGAGUAGUGUGGAGACUGCAGUGACUGUGUUUGCAGAGGGGAAGAGAGAUGGGUGGCCUGAUCAGGCUCUUGGGUUCUAGAAGAGGCCAGACUGCUCACUAGAUGCCCUCACUUUUUACAGCAGUAACAUAAUACAACUUGUGCAUGAUACUUGAAUAUCAGAACUGCACAAGUAUUUGGAGGGGGGAGUGCACAUCUCUCCUCUCCAUAGAACAUCACACUUUGUGUCCAAUCCCCAUUGGAAGGUAGGUUGGAGGGAGUUUCCUGGUCCUCCCUGAACAGGUUCUUCAUGUUGUUGUUGUUGUUGUUGUUGUUGUUGUUCCCACCCCUCUGACUGGGUUCCCCCAGCCACUUUGGCUGGCUUCCAACAUAUAUAAAAACAUAAUAAAACAUUACACAUUAAAAUAUGAUGGACUUUGCCUUUCUCUGCCCCAUGGUGGUCCCCACAGACCACCUGAAUGGGUAGUCCGAGACACUCCCUCUCUGUCCCUUGUUAAACAUUUUCGCAAUGCCUGCAGUGGCCCUCUGAGAUGUUGGCUGUUUUCUGUGUAAACACAAGCUGGCUGUGUUAUCAUUGGGUCUGGGAGGUGUUGAUUUGUCCAGCUGCUGCUGUGGCCAUUCAAGGGGCAGGAAGUCAUGGGGCGGCCCAGCUCCAGCAGGCAAUUUCUGGUAAUUCUCCUUCACCUCUUCAUGCCUGACCUUCCCGCUAGCUACACUGUGCUUGGGCCUCUCAGCCGUUCUGUUGCACUGCCCCUCAAACUUGCUGUUAUCCUGCUCUAUGAACACUUGCAGAAAAGCAGGGAUUUCAACAGUUUUUCUCAGGGAUCAGGCACUACAAUUCCCAUCAUCCAUGAGCCAUGCUAGCUGCUGGGAUUUGAAGUUCAGCACCUGGAGGGCUUCAGUUGUUCCCCAUCCCUGCUGGACAAAAUUGCAUUGCUUAAUUUAAUAAAUGUUUCUAAAUGGUUGACACAAAAACUAUACAAAUACCACAACUCAGAAAAAUGUCCCAAAACUAGAGAAAACUAAAACUGAGUAAUCUGCAAAACAGAGAACUUUGAGUCAGAGUUCAAGACAGCUUGAGUAAACAUAAAAUUUUAAAAGAGUUGUUUAAAGGUCAUUCCUGUCUCCUCACAAAUUACCCAGGGGGAGGGCAUUCCAGGGGUUGUGAUGGCUUAACAGACUUGCUUCCAUGUUGUCACCAUCACCUGGUCAUGAGAUGACCAGGAAAGCAUCCUCAUAGAUAUGGGGUUUGGGGGUAUUGGUAAAUUUCCUUCCCCCAUACUUUCAGGGUUGAGAAUUUUAAAUGCCCUAGAUCAGGACUGGCUAAUCUAUGGGCCUUCCAGAUGUUGGACUACAACUCCCAUCCUCCCUGACCCUUGGCCACCCUGACUGCAGCUGAUAGAGGACCACAGGUACACUCCACACCUGCUCUAGGUCUUUGGCCUGGGUCUUCCUGAUACCCCAAGCUGAAGUGGCCUCCUCAUACUUUGCCCUGCCCAUCUAGGCUAGCAUCCUGUUUCUUGCAGUAGCCAAAGAUAUAGAUACCUUCAUCCCACAAGCAGGACAUGAAAGCAACAACUUCUCUCCUAGUGCAGGGGAGGGAGUGGGAGUGUUGCUCCCCAGCAACUGGUAUUUAGGCACAGUUGCAUAUAGCCAUUACGACGGAUGACUACUAACUAACGAUAAGACUUCUCCUCCUCUUCCUCUGUGAAUUUGUCCCUCUUUUCCUUAGCACUGAUUUGGGAUUUUCAGAAUAUUCUGAAUUGAGGUUUUUUUUAGGGAUGGGAGGAACCCUGCCCUGAUUGUGCUCUUCUUUAGGAUGUUGAUUUGACUUACAUUUAGUAAACAAAACUUGUAAUUUAAUUUUACAUUUGUGGAUAGACGGACAGACACUUCAAAUGUGUUUUCAAUAGCCAAAAGUAGUUAAGCUGAAACAUUUGACUGUGGUGGGGAGAUCAAUAAAGGGCACAGUGUGGUUUAUAUUCAAAUGAAACGAGAGCAAUUCUUGGAAACUGAUUUUAUGGGAAUACUUACUUGUAAAUGUCUCAAGAGAUGUCAGCUCAACAGUUUGAACUUCCCUUUUAUGUUAAAUUUGGAUUUGAAGGGAAUUUUAGCCUGCUUGAAGAACUGAGCGGAAUAAUAUCUGCCCUUCCUAUGGAGAGUCCCCUCUCCAAAAGUUAGUUGCAACUUUGACUUUAAGCUGCGGCCUGCCACUGUGCUGCCGCACUCAUCCAAUUCAUUCGCUUGCUGGUUAACUUUAUGAAGCGAGGCAUUUCUAAAGGUAAACUUUGCGUGGAGAAGUGCAGCAGUGGGGAAAUCUCUGCCCCACUUUAUUCAGGUUUGGUGCCAUGGAGGAGGGCAUUGGCAGGGAAGCCUAACUUUGAAUUGUUGGUGGAAAUUGUCAGAAUUGGGACAUCUCCACCCUUCCCAGAAUGCUGCUGUCUGUCACCCAGAAGGAGUCCAUGGUCUCUAGCUAGCCCCUCUGUGAUUUCAUAGCCCUCCUCUCCUCCCCUCAGCCCAGCUAAACUUGUUCUCCUGGGAUAGAAGAGGCUUUGCUGAAUCCCACCCGCUCAUCCAGCCUGCCAAAAAGUGUUGUGCUGCCCUCAGCAAAACCCAGCCGGCUCUGUUUGUGCUCACAGAUCUCUUGCCAGGCGCAGCUUGUUGGCCCAGUCUUUGAAUCUUAGGGAGAAUCCCAUAGGAGAAGCAACUGCUGAGCUGGAGGGAGAUUCUGUCUUUGCUUUGCUUGGAUGGGAAGCCUUGCCUUCCUCCCCACCCCCAAGGGGUCUACCUUUAGCCACUCUUGGGUCUCUUUGCUGAUGCAGUUCUCUGUGCUGUCUGUAAGCCUGCUUCAAGCUUAGCCAAGGCUUCAGGGCACAGUGGCGAGAGACAAAGUGUGUGUGUGUGUGUGUGUGUGUGUGAGAGAGAGAGAGAGAGAGAGAGAGAGAGAGAGAGAGAGAGGCAGAGAAGCGUGGCCAGUGUCUUGCACCUCAGUUCCUGGCUUCCACAGUUGCAUAACCUUUGCCAAGCUGGAUCCUUUGGAGUACAACUCCCAUCUUCUGGCCAUGGGGGCUGAGGCUGCUAGGAGUUGUAGUUCUAAACAUCUGGAAGGCUAUGGGUUGGUGAAGGCUGCCAGAGAGAGAGAGGCAGGGAGGACAUGACAUCUUGCCUGUGAGAACCAGCUGACAAACUAGGCAUUCUUUGUGCCUCCUUGGGUAGGAGAGGAGGAGCCCCUGGAAAUGCUGGCACCUAGUUGUGGACCAGGGACUCUCUGUGCUACACAGAAGAGGCUGAGCCAGCUGUUCCUUCUCAGCCCAGCCUGACCUUCCUGCUGAAGGAGCCCCAGGACUUCCUGCAAAGUUUGCCUUAGGGGUGCCCAAACUUUUUCCUUUUUCCAAAGAGGGCCAGAUUUAAUGAAGUGAACACCAAAGCUGUUGACCUUUUUUUAGGAUUGAGGUUGUUGAUUUUUUUUUUUUUUUACGAUUUUACCCCAGGAAAUAAACUGCCACAGGGGCCAGAUUAAACCAACUGGCAGGCCAAAUUAGGCCCCCCAAAACGGACUUUGUACAUGCCUGUUUUAGGUCCAGGCAGGUGGCAGCUUCCUGCUUCUUGGGGAUAAGGAAGAACAGCUUGAAGGACAGAGGGUGAUGUGACUGGAAAAAGGGAAGAGAGGAGCUGUGCGCAGCCUGGUUGGUGUCUUAUCCUGCGCCCCCUUGGUAGAAUGCUCUACCCAGGAAGGCCCACCUGACUCCGUCAUGCUCAGUUUAUAGUCCCUAAAUUUAGAUGCUUUUGUCCCCAGGUUCUGGCUCAUAAAAUUGUACUGUUUUGAAAUUUGAUUUCUAUUAUAGUUUUUAUUUAUGAUUUUGAGUUGUAUACAUUUCAACAAUAGUUUAACAGUAGUUCUAACAUUUCAAACCUCAACUUCCUUCCUCCUUUCUGCGAUUCCUUAGAUUAAUUUUCAUCAUUCCCUGCAUAUUUUAAGUUAUCUUAAUUUAUUCUUUUAUUCAUCUACUUUGAUAAUACAUUUUUUGAAACUGCCAGUUAUUACAAUAAUACAACAAACCAUUUCCAUUCCUUUAUGAAAAGUUUAUUAUCUUGAUUUUUAUUAUCUUGAAAUUAGAUUUCUGACCUUUUCAUGCGUAUUGAUGGAUGGGCACUUUUUGGUAUUUGUGUAUUUGGCUUGAGUGUUUCUUACACUAUGCGUAUUUUAUGAAUUGCAUGUUGCUCUGAGGCAUCUUUUGUGAAAAGUGAUGAAUAACUCGAUUAAUAGAUGAAUGUUGUAGCUUCCUGGGGUUGGACAGAGCCAGCAGGAUCUGCCCCCUGCUCAAAUGGCUGCCCAGCCUCUGAUUCAGAGAGAGAUCCUCACCAUCCCUCCAGGUCUCCAUUGACCAACUACACUUUUAAUUCCAGAGUUUGUCCGAAUGUGUUCCUGCUUCUUCUGCCCAUGAGAUCUAUAAAGGCCCAGUGGUAUCCCCACAGACAGAGUACCCUGAUACUCUGGCCAGCUGCUUCUUAGCAUGGCCAGUUAUCCAGGGACAGUCCCUCUUCCAGUCCUCUUCACCUUUUGUCACACAUUCAAGGGGUGACUCAGCUGCAAGAGAGCAGGUCACCUGAGGGGAUAUUGGGAGCUCCUUUGGCCUCCUUCUCUUUCCUCUUAUUUGCCUAUGAUGAGUAAUUAGUGGUGGAGACAAGGCAAGACAGACUCUUGCUGUCCCUUUGCCCCUUUUGUAUCACACCUGUGCCACCUGUGGGGCUCAAGGCCAUUAGUCAUCCUUGGGGGACGGGCACCUGCCAAAGCUCUCAGCUGGGAAGUCUUUGGGAAGAGGCAUCAGUGUCUGAAUGUCCUCCCAGGUGUUCUUUUGAUCCCUCACUCUACCUGUGAGAUGCUCACCCACACAGCCUCACCAGUGAGACCAAUUAUCGUUGAAUCUUUCUCACACUCACCUGUGUGGGAAUGUUUUCCUUGCUCAGUUCAUAGGAACACCAGUGCUCAAAGUGUCACCUUUCAGGUUCUCAACCAGAUUUAAGCAUUUUCUCCUGGCUAGGGCUGGCUGGCAGGUUUUAGAUGAGGCUUGUAUUGUGGGAGAGCCAGGUGGAAUGGGAAGAGUGUCACAAGGCGGAUUGAUGGAGGUGUGCAGGCACUCAGGUGAUUGAUGCAUGGGGUGUUCGUGUAGCACUGCCUGUUUCAGUAGGCAGCUUCCAAACUUGAAUGCGGGGGGGGGGUAAGCAGUGUAAUCUGAAAGUGGUCAUGUGUUCUCUAUUUGAAGAUCAUCAGAGAGUCAAGUUUAAAGACGGAGAAGCUUGGGGGGGCAUGACACCUGGGCAGCAGAGUGAGGGUGCUCAAGUGGCCGCAGACUUCCCCGUUAUGCUGAGAUGUAGUUUUAUUUAAAUGGCAGCAAUUGUUUCUAAAUUUGCAUCUGUACAUUUAAACUAGAGUAUGCACAUUUUAUGCAGAUCUGUGUCCUCUUUCUUUGGGGAGAUGCAUUUACUUUCCGGUCUGUUUUGGUGGCCCAUAAGUGGACCACCCUUCUGUUAUCCUUUAAUUCAGUGGUUUCCAAAGUGAGCAGUACCACUCCCUGGGGGGCAUUGAGAUUACCUAGGGGGACACCAAGAAGCAACGGGAUGACAGGGGACCCUUGUCUAUCAGACUUUGGAAAGCUGGUAUCACUGGAUCAAGUUCAUCAAUUUUGUUGACUUAAUUAAACUAGCAGUUUAAUUAGAUUUUGAAUAAGUGUGCAAUUGUUGCUGUUCUGAAAGUCACUGUGUUAUUACCUUCCUUAGUGGAUCAUGCAAACAGCUUUUCUUAAUACUGCUUUUUAUAGGGUAAGGUAGGGGGCACUGGGGAUGAGUUUGUGGAACCAAGGGGGCGGCAGCCUGAAAAAGUUUGGAAAGCACUGCUCUAGUUUAUUAAAGAGGAAUUUACAUUCCUGCAUUGUGGUCCCUUCCAACUCUACAGUUCCAUGAUUCUAUGAAUUUCCAAACUCCCAUAGCCUCUCAGCUAUCAAAGGAGCAGCAGAGGCUCCUCCUUUCUCAGCCACAGUCCACAGAGCUGCAGGGAGAUGGCUGUUGCCUAUGGCUGGCUGGGAACAAACUGUGUGGCUCUUUGAGCCACGUGUGGGCUGCUCCGGGUUCCCUUGGCAGGGCCGGAGCACCAGCCGCCCUCACCUACGCCAGGCCUGUGUUGCCACCCAGGAGAAAGAGCAGGGCUGGGAGAACUUUUCAGCCUUUUAGUGAAGCAGGAGCAGGAACGGGCUGGAACUUGUCCAGUGGCAAACAAUCAGGCACAGGCUUGCUUGAAACACACAGAACAGGCUGUGCUGCAGAGCUGGAGUCGUGCAACAGGGAAGGUCACCCAAGGUCAGCUGGGUUGGGCUUCGCAAUCCAGCACCGAGGCUGUUUCCCAGACUCUGCAGGCAAGCUCCCAGGGAGAGUCCCUGUGAUGGGUGCCACACCCAGGUGCUCUGCCCUUCCCUCCCUUCUGCUGAAGCUACACAGACCCUGCCAGCCUCCCCAGCCAGUCCUCUAGGCGUCCAAAGCGUGGUAGCUCUGGCUUACGCUCCAAAAUGAGAGGUCCUGGGGCUGAAAGCUGUGCCCUGGAGGCCUCAGCUGUGUGCCAGUUCAAAUGGAGUUGGGCCAAGAAUGGCAAUGGGUGACUCACAGGGUUCCCCCAUCACCACCACUCAAUAGGGUCCUAUCCUGCACUGCAGCUGAAUCAUCCAGCAGUUUCAGGUACCCUCAGGCAGAGGUGAGUCAUUUCCUGUUAGCAAGAGCCCUGACUGGAAGCUACCUGCAGGAGGGUCUUUCCCCCAGAGUCAGGUACCACCUCUUUGCUCCGAAGCGGAAGGGGAAAGGAGCACAGGCAGAGUCAUCCCAGGUGUGGAGGUGGAGGGGAAUUUCGAGCAGCAGACAUCUCUGCCUUGGGGAGUCAUUCAUCUUCUGUCCCUCACCACCCCCACCCCCAUAUAAAACUCCAUCAUACAUGCAAGAGGGAACCAGAAGCCAGUUGUGGAGAUUUUGGCAUGUGCCACACAACAGCCUCUGGGAAUGUUGCCUUGCCCAAGGCUGUUGUGGAGACGACGACACCACGAGCGCCACCAAGAACCAUAGAAUGGUAGAGUUGGAAGGGACCCUGAGCAUCAUCUAGUUCAAUCCUCUGCAGUGAAGGAAUAUGCAGCUGUCCCAUAUGGGGAUCAAACCUGCAACCUUGCCAUUACUGUAUCAGCACAGAGGUGGACAUGAGAGAAAAGUAACUGCAAAACCUGUAGUGGGUAGAAAAGACUGGGAGCAAGUACCAGUAACUGCUUUUGAUGACCUGAAAAGGCUGGACUCCUCUCUUCUGCCUUACUGCUCGGGUGGAUUAUUGAAACUCAUUCACCUUUUCUGUCUUUGUGUGUGGCCAAUUCCCUGAGCAAAAUGCUGCUCUUGGGCAUUCUGCAAUACUGAAUGUUGUUUGCAACACUCAAAUGCCUUUUUGGAGUGUUCUGACCUGUUAUGUCUACCUUGAGCUUUGCUGAAUGAACUUUAUUACGGUCACAGACCAGGAUAGCCUUGAGCUUUGUUUUGACAAAUGAAGUUGCAGUAGAGACAUGCUUGAUAAGUUGUUGAAAUGUGGCAGCACUUUUGUUCUCUGUGUGGGGGCAGGACUGCUUGGGCCACUGGGGUUCAACCUGCCACUCAUAGGCCAUCUCUCUUUUCUUAUCUCCUUCCCCCCAGGCUCCCCCCUCCGACUCUUGACCCGCUUUGAAGAGCCUGGAAUCACCAACUACACCACGAUGAUGCUGAGCCCAGAUGGGGGCACCUUGUAUGCAGGUGCCCGUGAGAGGCUCCUUGCCCUCAACACCACCUCCUUCUCUCCUGGGCCACAGCACCAAAAAGUAAGUGCAGGGUGCCCACUGGCCACUUUAGAGCCCCCCCCCCCCAGUUCAGAUGUGCAGUGGAAAUAUACAGGAAGGACAUCACUGGCUGAUGGACUGGCUGGUUGUUUCCAUUGUACCUCUCAGUCUGAUGGGACCAGCAAGUCCCUACUCAUCCUGGAAGCAGUUUGGGCCUCAGUCAAGGAGCCAAUCCUCAACACUGGCAGCAGAGGCUGCGUCUCCUUCCCCCUCUGAGGGUUCCUAGCCUGGGAGGGUUCCUAACCAUUGCCACACACAACUUCACUCUUUGGGCUCAGGCACAGAAACUGGCAACCUGAGGAUCUUGGAACCUGUGGUCUUUCUAAAAGCAAGCUGCUUCAGCCAUUGAUUGAGGAGGACAGUUUGGAAAUGCCGAAGGAGGGCUGGGCAGCUGUUGCUGCUGCUGCUUCCCUUGGCCCUGCCCCAUGGCAGUUACUCUAGAUGCCAGGGUCCUGCUCUUGGCAUAAUAUUUGGGCCACUUUAGGGGAAUGCUGGGUUUUUCCAUUUAAUGCAUCUGCAGCCCUGGCACUGGACAUCACUGGGCUGGCCCCCGUUGCAGCGGGUGAGCUGUCUUUUGGGGCAGGAGACUGCCAAAGCUGAGGUUCACUGAGAGGCCCCAGAAAGUACCAGUGGGGAAAUCAAGGAAGAUUGGGAAAUCAAGGGUCCAUUGGGAACGGGGCAAGAGGAGCACUGCUGGGGCUCACAGCCAGCCAAGGAUGGCUCUGAAAUGCUAUUCUAGAAACCGCCCUAGAGGGAGGCAAGGGGAGUGUCUGGACUGAGCCCCCUGGUUACCACCUCUCUUGCUGUCUUGCAGUUGCUGUGGGGGGCUGAGGAGGAGAAGAAGCGUCAGUGUGUCUUCAAGGGCAAAGAUCCCCAGGUGAGUGCCAGGGAUGUGACACCCCCCUCCCUACCAGAAGUGGGUCUGCCAUUCCUGUGCCGGGGGGCUCCUUCUGCCCCUUGGAUUGGGCUGUGACCCGCUCAAGGCAUCCCCUCCAUUGCUGGGGGGCAUUCUGAGUUAGGCAGAGCUCAAAGCUUUCCUCUUUUGUCCCUUGCAGAGAGACUGUCACAAUUACAUCAAGAUCUUGCUGCAGCUGAACAGUACCCACCUGUACACCUGUGGGACCAGCGCCUUCAGCCCCACCUGCACCUACAUUGUGAGUAAGCUUGUGGGGGGAGCCACACCUUGCUGCCAGUAUGGGACCCCUCACCUUGGAGAAUCAGAACUAUCAGGUUGGGCCAACCAGCUCAGCUUUCACCAGCCUGGUGCUCUCUAGGUAUUUCGAACUACAACUCCCAGCAGCCCAGCCAGUGCGGCAGAUCCCCCAUCAACCCCUGUGUCACAUGCAAGCUGGGGCUGAUGAGGGUGGUAGUCCAAAGCACGUGGAGGGCACCAGGUUGGCAGAGGCUGAGCUAUCUCAAGAGACUCUCCCAUGCACCCUUCAGCAGGAUCAAGCAAAUGCCUUUUGGAGAUGUUUGUCCUGCCAGGAGUUUCCACCACCUCCCUGGGCAGCCUGGCCCAGUCCUGUAUGGACCUUCUCGCACUGGAUCAAGCCCCAUUCAUGAGGAAGCCUCCAGCUGCCAGUUGUGGGCAGACCCUGGAUGGAGUCCUGUUUUCUGGGAAGGAGCCAGUGCUGUUUACUGCUGUAGUGUUGAAAACACAGCUCAGUGCUCUCACAGGCCAAGACCCUGGCAGGAUUUGCAGCUGGAGGCUGUGCAAGGGUCUUCUUGAAGGCCCUAGAGUCUACAUGUUCAGGGAGCCCCAGCCCCUACUAUUUGGGGUUAGUGGGAAGGGUUAGGCUAGGUCUUGUCUCCUGGCCUAUUUGAGCCCCCCCACCUUUUAAAAAAAAUAAAUCAAACGGUUUUGCCUCAACACCACCCCCAAAUACAUACUUCCUGGCAUCUUCCUGACUGCACCAUCCUCCCCUUUAGAACAUUCCAGAAUUCAGCCUGAAGCGAGAGGCCUCUGGGAAGCUGUUGCUGGAAGAUGGGAAAGGGCGCUGCCCCUUUGAUCCUGCAUACAGGUCCACGGCCAUCAUGGUUGGUAAGGAGAUCCUGGGUUAUAGCCAGUGGCUGCCUCCCUCCAUUCCAUGGAACCAAGGAGGGAAGGGCCUGGGCCACCCCCAGGACUGGAAGAGUCAUAGAAUCAUAGACGGGGGGAUGGGGACCCAAAGGGUCAACUAGUCCAGUCCCCUGCAAUGCAGCAGGGAGAGGGGAGCCAGCCAAGUUUUUCUAAAGCAUUGAAGAAGAGGAGGCUAUCCCUGGGUGUCUGGUAAAGGGCUCUGAGGGUCUCCCUGAUGGGGAUGCUUUCUGGCAGAUGGAGAACUGUACGCGGGGACUGUGAGCAACUUCCAAGGCAACGAGCCAACCAUCCUGCGGAGUCACGGCAGUCGCCCGGCCAUCAAGACCGAGAACUCGCUCAACUGGCUGCAAGGUGUGUGGGGUAGCAUAAGAACAUGAGAAGAGCCUUCUAGAUCAGGCCCAUCUAGUCAAUCAUCCAACCAGAGGCCCCAAAGGGAAACCCUGCAAGCAGGAUCUGAGCAGAAUAGCCUUUUCCCCUCCUGCGGUUUCCUGCAGCUGAUAUUGAGAAGCAUGGCUUCUCUGACUGCGGAUGCAGAGCCGAGCCUUUUGGCUAGUAGGCAUCCAUAGUCCUCUCCUUCAUAGAGAUGGGUGAGCAGGGAAGCUCUGCUGCUCAGUGAGAUGACUGGGGAGCAUGUUUAUUGCCUCAAAUGGCUUGGACAUCAGGACCUUCACUGGUCCUUCCCAUGGUCUUGGGGGCAGGAGUGAAUUUGCAAGAGCCUUCUUCAAGCCAAGGUGGUCUUCCACUAGCUAGACCCUCUGCAGCUCUGGUUUGGACUCGCCAUUGGGAUGGGGGGCUCCAAGCCUCUUCCUUGGAUCCAGAUCCAUGGGAUGAGGGAGCAACUGCAGAAAGGCCUGCCUCUGCCAUCAGGAGGGCUGCAGUUCAGCAGCAGAGCAUCUGCCUUGCAUGCGGAAAGUCCCAGGUUCAGUCCCCAAUGGCAUCUCCAGGGAGGGGGUCGGAGCGACUCCUGCCUGAAACCCUGGAGAGCUGCUGCCAGCCAGUGUAGGUAAUGCUGAGCAAGAUGGACCAAUGGUCUGUCUCAUAUAAGGCAGCUUCCUGUGUUCCUAUGUGCCACAGACCCCUUCUUUGUGGGCUCGGCCUACCUGCGAGAGAGCCACCCGCCCAGCAGCCCCCAGGGGGACGACGACAAGAUCUACUUCUUCUUCAGUGAAAGUGGCAAGGAGUUUGACUUCUUUGAAGACACUGUUGUGUCACGCAUCGCCCGCGUGUGCAAGGUGAGGAGGGCUUCAUCUGUUUGGGGACCGGGAUGUUUUUUCCCCCUUUCCCUUUUUGCUCUUUGCAAAAGUUUGGAGAAGGUGGAAACCUCCCUUUCUGCUGAGCCAGGGCCAGCCCAAUACAUUUUGCUGCCUGAGCCAGAGCAGUAAAUGGUCCUUCCCCGCCCGCUUAAGUCAAGGUUCAUUGUGCCCAAGGCUGGCCGAGUUAUUUUGGCGCCUGAGGCAGGAGAUUCUACAAGCGCAUCUCCCUGGGAGAAGAAUGGUCAUAAACUAAUAAACUAGCAAUAUGCUGCCGCCCUUGAUGGUUCUCUGGGCCUGCAGCGUCCCCUGGUGCCCAUCUCUUGCUCUCUCAUGCCUUCUCUUGGCACCAGCAGGAACAGCAAGGGGCAGCUGGGAGGAGCUCCCAGCUGGGUUCAGCGUGGAAGGAGAGCUUAAAAAAAUUAAAAAGCCACCUUUCUGUCCCAGGUGGAGAACUCGAUUUUUAUGUACAACAGGUUUCGACCAGUUCCUCUCAAAGUUUUAUUGAAGCAUUUUUUAUUUAUUGGAUUUAAAUCCCACCUCUUCUCCCUGGAGCUCAAGGUGGCUUACAUGCUUCUUUUCCUCUUCAUUUAAUCCCCACAACCACCCUGUAAGGUAGGCUAGGCUGAGAGAUUGUGAUGGGCCCAAGGUUACCCAGUAAGCUUCGUGGUCAAGUGGGGAUUUUGAACCCUGGUCUCCCGACACUCUAACCCAGGAGUCAGCAAACUUUUUCAGUAGGGGGCCAGUCCACUGUCCCUCAGACCUUGUGGGAGGGCCGGACUAUAUAUUUUUUUAAAAAAUUAACAAAUUCCUGUGCCCCACAAAUAACCCAGAGAUGCAUUUUAAAUAAAAGCACACAUUCUACUCAUGUAAAACCACGCUGAUUCCCAGAGUGUCUGCAGGCCGGAUUUAGAAGAUGAUUGGGCCAGAUCCGGCCCCCAGGCCUUAGUUUGCCUACCCAUGCUCUAACCACUACACCACCCUUUACUGCAAGUGUAAUCCCAGACUGUCUUACAAAUAAAAGUGAACCAAGUUAUACCCUCAAAGGACUCAAAACAAGGCAGGUGUUUCCAAAUAGGCUGCCAGGAAAAAUUCUUCUGGGCAUCCUGGGCCUCUGCUCUGUAACGUAAUACAACUUGGGACCAAGCUAGAUGUGAGCAUCUGGGGUGCAGGAACUUGCCUCCUCCCAAUGGGUGGGUGGGUGGGUGGGUGGGUGGGGAGGGGAGGGAAGUACAAUUUGCAUCUAGCUACAUCUCAUUUGGCCCCAAGUCUAACCAUCUUCCACCAAGCCUGUCUCAAGUCCAAAAUUAAAAGCCCAUUAGAUGUCCUUCCUGCCACACUGUGGCUUUUCUAGGCGCAGCUCUUGCAACUUGGCAUGACAGCACCACCCCUCACCCCUCCCUCCCUUCCUUUCUCUUCAUGCCAGGGCGACGUUGGGGGUGAGCGGGUUCUCCAGAGGCGGUGGACGACCUUCCUGAAGGCCCAGCUGCUGUGCUCACACCCCGAGGAUGGCUUCCCCUUCAAUGUGCUGCAGGACAUGUUUGUGCUCACCCCAGGCGAGAGCUUGGCAGAGACCGUCUUCUACGGGGUCUUCACCUCUCAGUGGUGAGCAGCGAGAGGAGGCUGCCUCUGUGGGCUGCCAGGUUCCCUCGGCAGAGGGCACUUGGUGCAUGCCCCAUUACUUCUGCAUGCCUGUGGGUCCUUGACUGCCCCAUUUAUAUAUUUAUUGUCGAUUAAUUUUUAUUCAUUUUUCAAAUGUAUAACACAUCAACGCCAAAUUAAAACUAAUACAUUCCCCCCCCCAAAAAAAAACUGGCUUUGCACUCUCUCAGAUAUUUCCAUUUCUUACCCUUUUACAUGCUGCUUAUUUUACAGAUUUAUCUCUAAUUAACACCUAUUUUUCUUUAGCAAAUUCCUCAUCCUUCAGCUGUGCCUUUACCAACUCCUGCAUAUAGAUCAAACAAAAUUAUAUCAAAUGACAAGUGAGGUUAUAGUAGUUUAAAUCUUUCAUUCCUCUUUCUCGACUGUCCCAUCCUUGAUCCUCCUUCUCCUUCCUCCUCUCUCCCAGGGACAGGAAGGGCGCUGGGGGCGCUGCAGUCUGUGCCUUCUCCAUGGCGGAUGUGGAGGAAGCCUUCAGUGGGCUGUACAAGGAAGUCAACCGGGAGACCCAACAGUGGUACACGGACACCCACCCUGUGCCGGAGCCCCGGCCUGGAGCGGUAUGUCCGUCACCCAGCGACCAGCUCCAUGGGCUUGGGGGCGGGAAGGCCUUGGGACUGAUUCUGGUGGGUCUGCCUGCCCUCCACCUUGAAGGCUACCAGGCUGCCUUCGGCUUUUGCCUGAGAUCCUGCAGAGGGUAGGGGCUGCCAGAGACCAGUGCUGGACAACGUAAGCUGCUGCUGCCUCUCACCCCCUCACUUCAAGACAGCUCUUUCCUUUCAAUCCCCCUGCCCACAGUGCAUUAACAGCCAGGCCCGGCGGAUGAAGAUCACCUCCUCACUCCAGAUGCCUGACCGGGUGCUCAACUACCUCAAGGACCACUUCCUGAUGAGCAGCCCCAUCCGGAGCCAGCCACUCUUCCUCCUGCAGGGUCAUGCCCGCUACCAGCAGAUCAGCGUCCAGCGUGUCCAAGGCCUGCACCGGGCCUACGAUGUCUUGUUCUUGGGCACAGGUGGGCGGUGGCAGCAGCGGCAGUGGCGGCUGGGAGGAGGGAGGCAGGGGGAGGCCCUCUGGCAAUGGCUGGAAUGUCAGGAGGAGGAAGAGAUGGUUCAUAGCUGGGCAAGAGGAAGGAUGGACCCCCCAAGGUGCUGGCUGCCUCUUACCUGCGCUUCCUGGAUAUAAUAUAUCCUUAUUUUUCACACACACACACACUCUGCCCAUCUGGCUGGGUUUCCCCAGCCACUCUGGGUGGCUUGCAGCACAUAAAAAUUGUAAAACAUCAGACAUUAACAUUUCCCGAUACAAGGCUGCCUUCAGAUGUCUUCUAGAAGUCAGAUAGUUGUUUAUUUCCUUGGCAUCUGAUGGGAGGGCGUUCCACAGGGCAGGCGCCACUACCGAGAAGGUCCUCUGCCUUCCAUGGCUACCAGCCACGAUGGGUAUGUGCUGCUUUCAUGAGAGAGGCAGCAAUGCUUCUGCAUGCCAGUGGCUGGAAACUGUAGGAGGGGAGAGGGCUCUUGUGCUCAGGUCCUGUUUGUGGGUUUCCCACGAUGGGCAUCUGGUUGGCUGCUGUGAACACAGCAGGCCAGGCUGGAUGGGUCAUUGGCUUGAUCCUGCAGGUCUCUCCUUAUGUUCCUUCUCUCAACUGGCUUAGAUCUUCUCUUGGAAACUUGCUCCAAGCGUCCUUAGAGAGGAGGCAUCCUGCAGAGAGCACAGCUGCAUCCUGAGUACUCUUUGGAGGCGCACCAGGCUGCCCCCUUUCUUGACAUUCAGUUCUAUCCUGCCUAUCAUGGAACCCAAGGGAGCAGGCACCUGGCUCUCAGGAGGUCCCCCACCCGCCCUGACCAGGCUUGGGCCUGCUUAUCUUCAGCAAGGUGGUGGUAGUGACCUCCUCCACCUUCUCCAUUGCCUGCGCUGCUGUGGCUGCCCUAUGGUGGAUGGGAGAGACCUGUUUAGGGAAGUUUUUAAUGUUUGAUGUUUUAUUGUAUUUUUAGUAUUUUGUGGGAAGCUGCACAGAGUGGCUGGGGAAAACCCAGCCAGAUGGGUGGGGUAUACAUUAUUAUUAUUAUUAUUAUUAUUAUUAUUAUUAUUAUUAUUAUACUCAAAGUCUCUCAUUCUACAGCUGGCUUCUUUGUUCUUGCUGCUGCCUUCAGAAUUUUCCGUUUCAAUUUGCCAUGUGUGUUACGAUUCUUUAAGAUGCCUAGUGAGGGGUCUGAAUCAGGCCAAAAAAUGUGGGGGAGGAAUUAGAGACUAUGCUGAAUUUAAAAGUGGGAGAGUGUUGCAGAGUGAGGCACAUCUUGUCUUAAAGGCUGUUGACGGGAUAGCCCAGGGUUUCCCAAACUUGGGUCUCCAGCUGUUUCUUGGACUACAACUCCCAUCAUCCCUAGCUAACAGUACCAGUGGUCGGGGUGAUGGGAAUUGUAGUCCAAAAGCAGCUGGAGUCCCAAAUUUGGGAAACCUUGGUAUAGCCCAGCCUAAGACCAGCCUGGCCACAAAGGGGAGUCUGUGCCGUUUCCACUUACUCAGAAUAGCAGGCAGGAAACAUGCCCAACAACAGGAGAGAGAGAGCAGGCUGUUGGGUAUCUAGGAAGGCUGUUGGCCGCUCUUGGUUGGGACCUCCAGACUUCAAACAUGCAGGUUUUGGUUCUCUGUGGCUGGCCCUGGACAGGUGGGGAGGGAGGGAAUGGAGCUGUUCUGUGUGGGACUGGCCGGCAGGUGGGAGACAGCUGUUUGCCCUGGCCCUCAUCGCUGGGCUCCCCUUUCUGCUUGCAGAUGACGGCUGGCUGCACAAGGCCGUGGUGAUGGAGCAGCAGGUCCAGAUCAUUGAAGAGAUCCAGCUCUUCCCUGCUGGGCAGCCUGUCCUCAAGCUGCUUCUGGACCCUGCCCAGGUAAGACAGAGGGGCAUCCUGGGAAACUCCCGUCAGCAUCCUCAUCAGAAGAGGGAAGUCGUCUACACGAGAGAGAGAAGUGGCCAGUUUGGGGAUUGUGUGCCUUCCAAGAGGACCCAGCCCUGAGCUUCAAAGCAAGCGUUCCCUCCUCAGUGGCUGCUGUAGAUCCACCCUUGCCUUGAUCUGCGUGGGCACCUGGGGUCUCUGGAGGGAAAGGUGUGUCAUACCUUUCCUCCACUCCUUCCCAGAAACAUUGCUCUGUGCUAGCCUGGACUCAGGCAGAUACUUCUGAACCAGCAGGGACCCCCUUAGCUAGGCACAGUGGGCAGGACAAGGGCUGGUUUGGAGCGCUUCUGUUGCCUGGUGGCCAGCUGCUCUGCCCACAGGGGUCAGGUGCUGCAUGACUGGCUUGUGGCCGCUGGAGACCCUCUGACAGGUGACCUACAGGAGGCACGGUGGCUCUGCUCUGUGGAACGAGCCUGACUUAGCUCCCCCUGUCCUCCCCGCAGGGCCUCCUUUACGCUGCCUCCUACACUGCGCUCGUCCAAGUGCCGCUCUCCAACUGCAGCAUGUACCGGACCUGUGCUGAAUGCAUCCUGUCUCGGGACCCCUUCUGCAUCUGGAGCGGGGGGGCCUGCAUUCCACUUCUCCCAGACCGCUCAUGGCCCCAUGCAGGGUGAGUGCUUCUUCCACCAGGCUUAAGUGGGGAUGCCCAUCUCCUUCCUCCCCCUCCCCCUCAACCCAUGGGUGGCCUCUGCCCCCUCCCUCCUUGCCUCUCCCUUCACCAUUGCUGCCUCCAUCUCUCACCAGGCCCAGCUGGCUUCAGGACAUCGAAGGAGCUGAUGCCACCCAGCUUUGCCAGACGGGCAAUGGGCAGCCCAGCCGCUCAGCCACAGGUAAAGAACAAAGCUGGGGUGGGGGCUUUGAGAACUCUGGCAACAAAAGAGGGAAAAUGAGAUGAGGGGUUACAGGCACUCUCUUUCUGGCUCUGUCCUGCCUGCUGGCCUAGAGUCUCUCUGGCAACUUAUUUAUUUAUCACAUUUAUAUUCCACCUUUCCCUCAAGCAGCUCAAGGUGGCAUACAUUCUUCUGUUCCCCGCAAUUUUAUCCUCAGAACAACAACCCUGUGAGGUAGACUAGGCUGAGAGACAGUGACUGGCUCAAGGCCACGCCCAGUGAAUUUGAUGGGUGAGAGGGGAUUUGAACACUGGUCUCCCAGGCCCCAGGCCGACACCACACUGGGUCUCCUGGGCUCGGCUGCCUGGCAGCCUCCCUGUGGCACCCGGGGCCUGACUGGUGGGUGUCCCUUCUCUCCCCUCUGCAGAAGAGCCCCCGUGCCAGGCGGUGGUGAUCUUGGGCUCCAGCGCUGUGCAGAUGCUCCCUUGCCCGCAGCUCUCCAACCUGGCUUCUCGGCACUGGGUGCACAAUGGGGUUGCCAUCAACACCUCGGCUGUCCUGGUGCUUCCCGAAGGAGAGCUGGUGCUGAUGGGCAGCCCGGCCCAGGCGGGACGCUAUGACUGCUGGUCGCAGGAGGGCGGCUUCUGGCAGCUGAUGGCCAGUUACUGUGUGCGGGUCGAGCCCACGCUUGGAGCCCGGAUCGUGCCCCUCCAGAACCCCCUGGAGACCAUCAGCACCUCCAGGAGCGUCUCGGCGGCAGCGGCGGGGAGCAGCAUGUCAGCUCUGCUGGAGGGCAAGACCUACUGGACGGAGUUCCUGGUGAUGUGCGUGGCCUUUGCCGUCACCGUGACGCUCCUGACCCUCUUCGUUCUGCACCGGCACCGCAACGCCGUGAAGACCUUCCUCAAGCAGGGCAAGUGCACCAGCGCCCAUCCCAAGAAACCCCGCAAGAUGGGGCUUCCUGCAGAGAACUUGCCCCUCAACGGGGCCCAUACGCCCAGUGCCAUCCUAGACCACAAGGGCUACCAGGCCCUCCAUGACAGCCACGCGGCCAACACGCCUCUGCAUGCCGGUCCGGCGGCGCAGCCCAGCGUGGCCUUCUCGGAGUCCGACCGACGCCCGCUCAGCGUCCACGAAAGCGUCGUGGAGGUGUUGACUCCCACCCAGCGGCCGCGUGUGCGCCUCGGCUCCGAGAUCCGGGACUCAGUUGUAUGA